CCGGUGCCUGUUCCCACUUGCGGCUCGGGCAUUAACGCUCGCUUUCCCUCCCGCCUUGCGUUUCCCGGAGCACUAAGUUCCCCUAGGCACGGUUUUGGAUUUCCUGCCCUGCACCGCAGCCCAGCCAUGUCUUCCAACAAAGUGGCCGUGGUGACCGGGAGUAACAAGGGGAUCGGCUUCGCCAUCGUGCGCGAUCUGUGCAAGAAAUUCUCCGGGGACGUGAUUCUCACCUCCAGGGAUGUGACCCGGGGCCAGGACGCUGUGAAGAAGCUGAAGGACGAGGGGCUGAACCCUCUUUUCCACCAGUUGGACAUCGAUGACCUGCAGAGCAUUCAGACCCUGGGGAAAUUUCUCAAGGAGCGUUACGGGGGUGUGGAUUUGCUUAUCAACAAUGCUGGAAUGGCCUUCAAAGUUGCCGAUACCACACCUUUUCCUGUUCAAGCUGAGGUGACAAUGAAAACCAACUUUUUUGGUACCCGAGCUGUAUCUGCAGAAUUACUGCCUCUGAUAAAGCCCCAAGGUAGAGUGGUGAAUGUCUCCAGCAUGGUGAGCUUACGUUCUCUUAAAAACUGCAGCCCAGAACUGCAGCAGAAGUUUCGGAGCAACACGAUCACAGAGGACGAGCUGGUGGGGCUCAUGAACAAGUUUGUGGAAGAUACAAAGAAGGGAGUGCACGAGAAGGAAGGAUGGCCCAACUCUGCUUAUGGAGUGUCCAAGAUUGGAGUCACUGUCUUGUCUAGAAUCCAUGCCAGGCAACUGAAUGAGCAGAGAAAGGGGGAUAAUAUUCUUCUAAAUGCCUGCUGUCCAGGAUGGGUGAGAACCGACAUGGCAGGGCCCAAGGCUACCAAAAGUCCAGAAGAAGGAGCUGAAACCCCAGUUUAUUUAGCUCUGUUACCCCCAAAUGUUACAGAACCUCAUGGCCAAUUUGUAAUGGAGAAAAAGGUUGAAAAAUGGUAAUUUUAAUUUGUGAAUCCAUUUUAGUAAUACUUGAAUGUUAUACAUCUAGAGUUUGAUUUAAAAAUACAUUUAGAAAGAAAUAAAAAUAAAAGUAUUUUGUAGCUGUGUUAUCACAGCUAAUUCCUAUAAGAUAUUCUCUUUGAUUUGCCUACUUCUCACAUAAGUCUAACAGAUUUAUAAUAAUUAAGUGUUUGUAAUAUAUUUUAAAAAAGGCAAAAUUCAGAUCAUCUAAGUGGCAUAAAAAGUUUUCAAAAAACUCCCAAUAAAUCAUUACGUACUCUGAAAUUUUAGUCAUCCAUAAUCAAGUUUUACAUAUCAUCUGCAUCAUCACAGAAAUAAAUAAUAUGUGAAGGUUUCUUAUGCUGGGGAAGUUCUGGUAUAACAGGUCAAUAAGACGGGGUUCAAGGGAGACACUUGUGCUUUGGGAUAUUUACUAGGCCAUUCAUUAUAGGCUGUCAGGGUGACCUGGUAAAAUACCUUUCUCAAUAUUGCAAGCUACCUCUUUUGCAAAGCUUCCUUCUAUAGGAAUAUAAGGCUUCUACUAUAAUUUCCAAGAUAUUUUGUAAAUUUUAGCAUUUUUUGACUGGUAUUAAUGCACCUUGGCAGGUUACUCAAUUAAACAUACUCCUUUAAAAAAAAAAAAAGUUUUGUGUUCAACAAAUGUAUAUAUUUAAUUCUGUAUACUUGUGUUUAAUAAAUAUACAGAAUUUUGUAUAUAGAAUUAUAUAUAUGUUCUAUUUUGUGAGAAAUUAUAGCUCAAAUCAAGCUCAAUUAGAGCAGUGGAAAGAAUAAAGGCUUUAUAAUCAGAA